GGCGGGGGCUGGCCGAGCGGUGUCAGCGGCGGAGGGCGCCGUGUCUUCGCCACCCGGAGCUGGCCCGGCUCCCGCGUCCAGACCGCGCGUUUGGAGGCGCAGAGUCUUCGCGGGUGAAUACCGCUUCCGCUCUCCGGCUGUGGCCGCGAGUCGGGUUGCUCUGCUGUGUUCCAUCUCCUCCUAAAGAUGCAUCCUGACUUAUCUCCACACUUGCAUACUGAAGAAUGCAACGUCUUGAUUAACUUGCUUAAGGAAUGUCACAAAAAUCACAGCAUUCUGAAAUUUUUUGGUCAUUGCAAUGAUCUUGAUCGGGAGAUGAGAAAAUGCUUGAAGAAUGAGUACAUGGAAAAGAGGAACAAGAGCAGGGAGCUUGGCAAUGCAAUGCGAAAGAGACUUUUUAAUCCUCCAGAGGAAUCUGAAAACUAGAUCUUAUUUUCACUGGAUGCCUUGCCUGAGAGAAGACCCAAAGACUCUUGAUUGGUAACUGAAGGAAUCCUAUUGCAUUUGGUCUCUAAAAUCCUUUGACUGGAAAGUGACCCAUGAGAAAUCAAGCCUUGGAGAAGUAUGGAAGCCCUGGAUCUGGAAUGUUUGUCGGGCAGAGCUGUUUGUACCCUCCCUCCUCUAACAACGCAUCUGAGACUUCUGUUUCUUCCCCUUGCCUAUGACCUGUUAACAUUUGAGUACCUUAAGCUUCAAUAAAACUAUUGAUUCUAAUCAUA